GUGGGCUCCAUCUCUCUCUCUCUCUUACCAAAGCUAUCACACAUGAGCAGGACAACUUUACUUUGGAUCUAAGCUUCCCGUCACUGAAGAUGACUUCACGCAUUCCUCCAUGGUUCUUUGGAUUAUUUCUACUAGUCCUUCGGUUCUGCUGCUGUGGCUCCUCUGCCUAUCAGCUGCUGGAUGAGCGCGGUUCUCAGGGAGCCUUGGACCUGACGGAGUUGAUCGGCGUCCCCCUUCCUCCCUCCGUCUCCUUUGUAACGGGUUUCGAGGGUUACCCCGCCUACAGCUUCGGCCCGGACGCCAACGUCGGCCGCCUCACAAAGUCAUUCAUCCCUGACCCAUUCUACUAUGACUUUGCCGUCACAGUUACAGCUAAACCUACCACAAGGCGUGGUGGCGUGCUGUUUGCCAUUACAGAUGCUUACCAAAAGAUUGUACACUUGGGUAUCGCGUUGUCCGAGGUAGAGGAUGGUUCCCAGAGAGUCAUAUUGUACUACACCGACCCAGGAACAAGAGGUGGGACCCUGGAAGCAGCUUCCUUCAAAAUGGGAGACCUGACGGGACGGUGGGCGAGGUUCACCCUGACUGUACAGGGGGCAGAGGUGCGUCUCUAUAUGGACUGUGAGGAAUACCACAGAGUUGCCUUCACCCGGAGCCCUCAGCCUCUGACCUUCGAGGCCAGCUCGGGGAUCUUCGUGGGGAACGCCGGGGGCACGGGCCUGGCGAGGUUUGUGGGCUCCAUCCAGCAGCUGGUGCUGAAGUCAGAUCCCACGGCCCCAGAUGACCAGUGUGAGGAGGAUGAUCCUUACGCCUCUGGAUACGGAAGUGGUGAUGAUGCUUAUGAAGACAUGGAAGGAAGAGACGAAGUGAAGAAGAUCGUGGAGGAGAGAGAGUACACAAUGCCCUUGCCAGAGCUGGACCCCACAAUCAGCACCCCAGUCCGAGCUCCGCCCACUGAGAUGUCGCGAGGUGAUGAUGAAGAUGAUGACGAUGAAGACAUAGAGGAGACUUCUGGGCAGGGGGUGGAGAUGACCACAGCAAGAGUUAAAUCAUUUAAAACAGAUACACCAGCCUCCAUACUUGACACUUCCCUCCAGAUGUCUCCAGGACAGAAAGGGGAGCCAGGUGAGCCAGGUCCUUCCGGUCCCCCAGGACCACCCGGCCUUCCAGGAAAAGGGGAGCCAGGACCCCGGGGUCCACAAGGACCUCAGGGACAUCCAGGCCCACCUGGAGUUCCUGGGAAAGAUGGACAGCCUGGAAGCAAAGGUGAAACUGGUGUCCCAGGAGCUACAGGGGUUCCAGGAUUCCCAGGAUUACAGGGAGAGCCUGGUCCUCAGGGAGAAAAGGGUGAUCUUGGUGUUGGACUGCCAGGUCCUCCAGGCCCGCCUGGACCUCCAGGUCGACCUCAUAAGUCUCCCACGUUCCUGGAGGGGUCAGGAUUUGAAGACUUUGACAGUGAUGCAGAGAUUAUCAGGGGGCCUCCAGGGCUUCCCGGCCCCCCGGGACCACCGGGGCCCUCAGGAAAACCAUCUGAGAACAUCUUACCUGGACCACCUGGGGCCCCUGGGAGAGAUGGAGAGAAGGGUGAACCUGGACUGCCUGUGAUUGAGGAGUGGUUUAGUGGCUCUGGGUCUGGGUCUGGUCAGGGAGUUGAUGGAAAGGAUGGAGAUCCAGGACCUGCUGGGGAGAAAGGAGACAAGGGAGAGUCUGGUGUAAACGGACAACCAGGACCAAAGGGAGACCAGGGUCCGCCAGGAUUUCCAGGCCUCCCAGGCCCAGAGGGUCCAGAAGGGCAGCCUGGUCCCAGGGGUGUACCUGGCCCUCCUGGGCCCCCAGGCCCCCCUGGAAGAGGCUUUGUGUGGGACUUUGAGGACUUGGAAGGAUCUGGGAUGCUGAGGGGUUUGGAAGCUGUGCCCUCCAGAGGCCCACAGGGUCCUCCAGGAAUCCCUGGACUCGAGGGACCCAAGGGUAAAGAUGGUUCAGUUGGCUUCCCAGGAACGCCAGGUCCAAAGGGGGAGACCGGUGCUGCAGGACAACCAGGGCUUCCAGGACUGAAGGGACUAGACGGGGAAGAGGGAAGAAAGGGGGACAAAGGUGAUCCAGGACAAAAGGGAGAGACAGGGAGGGAUGGGCUCAGUCUACCCGGCCCUCCAGGACCACCUGGACCUCCAGGACCCAUUAUCAACCUCCAGGAUCUUCUGCUUAACGACACAGAUGGCGCCUUCAACUUCUCAGGGAUUUUUGAAGCUCAGGGAGCCGCUGGUCCAAAGGGUGACGUGGGCUUGCCGGGAGCUGAAGGACCUCCAGGGCUGAAAGGUGAAAAGGGCGAGCCAGGGUUCGUCAUCGCAGCAGAUGGAUCCAUGAUGUCGGGCCUGGCUGGUCCAGUGGGACCCAAAGGACUCAAGGGAGAUCUUGGUGUACCUGGACCUGCCGGGAUUCAAGGGCCUGUGGGACCACCGGGACCCAAAGGAGAAUUUGGUUUUCCUGGAAGACCCGGUCGUCCAGGCCUGAUGGGACCAAAAGGAGAGAGAGGGGACUCUAUAGGCCUGCCGGGUCCUCCUGGUCCACCUGGGCUGCCGGGCCGCCCAGGAAUAUAUAACUGCCCCAAAGGAACAGUGUUCCCCAUCCCCCCGAGACCCCACUGCAAAAUGGCCCUUAAUCCCAAUGGAACCAUUGCAGUCGGUAACUGUCAGACGGGACUAAAAGGAGAAAAGGGAGCGAGAGGCCUUCCCGGGAUGCCGGCGCCACCAAACUCAUUUCUUCCCAGAGGCAGCUGGGGCACAAGAGGUGACCAGGGCAUUAAAGGAGAGAAGGGAGACAGGGGGGAAGGAGGGUUUCCCGGGCGACCAGGCAUUCCUGGGAGACCAGGACCCGUGGGACCUAAAGGAGAGUCAGUGCUUGGUCCACCAGGCCACCCUGGAGUGCCAGGUUCACCGGGUAGCCCAGGCUAUGGCAGACCAGGACCGGUCGGCCCUCCUGGGCCCCCAGGGCCUCCUGGGCCCCCUGCGUCACCCUUCAGAUAUGGCUCAGCUUUGACCAUUGCUGGGCCACCUGGGCCUCCUGGGCCACCUGGAUCUCCUGGACCUUCAGGUAGCGCAGCAUCUCUGAAAACCUUUUUGACCCGUGAGACUAUGAUGCAGCAGACCCUCCGGGAUGCAGAGGGAACUCUGGCGUACGUCACAGCAACAGGAAGUCUCUUCCUGAAGGUGUCCCAGGGAUGGAAAGAGAUCCAGCUUGGCAGUCUGAUCUACCUCUCCAAUAACAUUAUUCCACAAGACGAGCCCCGAGUUGCGUAUCAGAUAAGAGGAGACACGAUGGAAAGAAUACGUUCAGUUAAUGAAAGGCUCAACCUGGUGGCCUUGAACCAGCCUCACUCAGGCGACAUGAUGGGGCUCGACAUGGCGGACCGGAUGUGUUACGAGCAGGCCAAGGCGAUGGGUUUAGCUCCGAACUACCGCGCCUUCAUUUCUUCCCACAGGCAAGACCUGGUCCACGUGGUCUAUCCUGGUUUCCGGGAAACUCUGCCAAUUACCAACCUCAGGGGAGACGUGAUGUUUAGGAACUGGCGGUCCAUUUUCAGCGGCAACGGGGGGCGAAUCAACGCCAAGCUACCCAUCUAUUCCUUUGAUGGCCGGGACGUUUUAGCUGACCCCUUCUGGCCGCAGAAGAGCAUCUGGCACGGCUCCACCAGCAGGGGGUUCCGAGUGGUGGACAAACACUGUGAGACGUGGCAGGCGGACCACAUGUCUGUCGCGGGCCAGUCGUCGAGCCUGACCUCAGGCCUGCUCCUGGGCCAGCAGACGCGGAGCUGUUCCAACCAGUACAUCGUUCUUUGCAUCGAGACCCACAAAAACCCUUAAACGCCCCACCGAGACCACUCCACCGAGGAACCCGUCCCAGCCACCCGUCCCAGCCACCGUUCAACACUCGGGGAAAAGAUUUGAGUGUCGCCAUUUUCAGCAAACCUUUGGUGCUACGUGUAGCAUUUUGCGGACCACAUUUAACACCCCGUUGUUCACAAAGAGGCCGUUUUUCUCUUCGCCUUCUUCUGACAUCAGUCUGUGUUUUUUUUCUGAGGGGCCAGAGGAUUGUUAAAGGGCAGUAACAAAUUCUUCAAAACAGCCAAGAUAUGAUCCAGGAAGGUAGGCUAAUGUGAGACUGAUGCUAAGCUGUGGAACUGGAAUGAUUGUGUGGAUCGUUUGCAAUCCAAAUACGCAGCUUUAAAGAAAGCAAUCCAGGAGGUUUCCUCUUACAUUCAACCUGGUGGCACAUAAUGUAAAAUGCAGCACAGAUCCCGGCAGAGUCCUCUUGUGCUAAUUCAUAGAUAGAUAGAUGGAUAGAUAGAUAGAUAGAUAGAUAGAUAGAUAGAUAGAUCAUACCAAUAAUGCUAACAUCUCAAAGAGAAUGUGGUAGUUGCUUAUUAGUGUUAAAAUGAUACACGCAGCACCUUCCAGCCUUUACUCAAAGAAAGCGGACAGAUACAUCUGUUUCCCAUGUCGUCAUCCAGGUGUCUACAGGAUAAAACGUCUCUUUUUCAAGUUUAUUGUCUCCUAAUGGUUCAACAGACUGAAUUUAGAGACUGAGCGGCUGCAGGAACCCGCACCUGCCCCCGAUAUGUGGCGAUUUUUACAAAUGAUCGAUUUCCAAAGACUUUUGUGACGGGAGCGUAAAGAGCUUCUCUCACUGUUUUUGUUUACAGGUUGUCGUGGAGAGUUUUAAGUUUAAAACAUUUCAGCCAAAGUUUACUCAAUGUUUUCACAGUCCCUCGCCCGACAGCGGGGCGAACAGACAGCCAGUGUUGCCACCAAAGUCAUUUUUAAUGCACUGUAUUUUAUUUUAAGAAUAUUUUCUAGUUCAGCAUUUUCGCCCUUGAAGAUGUUGUUUGUGUUGUAGCCUUUCAUACGUCUUUGUGAUCUCACUCAUUAGCAGCUCUAACUCUCACUAGGCUAUUUAAUUUAAACUCAUUGAUUUAUUUAUACCGUCACAGCACAUAACAUGGAAUCAGAUGAUUAAAUUUAAGAAUGUAAUUUAUCGUUUACUGUGCCUUCUCACUUUUUGCCUCUUUUCUAUUUUUUUGUACAGUUUUUUUUUUUUUUUUUUUCAUUUAUUGAUUUUUGGAGAAUGUUGAAAACAGUCAAAACAAAGUGUAGAGAUCCAAUUCAAACAAGCUAAAUAUUUCAAUGCAGAAAGAAAAGAAUGCUAGAAAAAUAAAUUCCAAGGGAAAAAGUGAGAGCACAUGUUUUUGUAUAAAAAUUGGUGCUUUUAUGAAUAAAGUUUUCUC